GGCGGAAGUUGCCCUGCGUUCUCGACGUGCUCUGUGUCUCAGUCAUUCUCCAUCAUGGUGCGAAAGCUUAAGUUCCAUGAGCAGAAGCUGCUGAAGCAGGUGGACUUCUUAAACUGGGAGGUCACCGACCACAACCUUCACGAGCUGCGCGUGCUGCGGCGGUACGGGCUCCAGCGGCGUGAGGAGUACACGCGCUACAACCAGCUGAGCCGCGCCGUGCGCGAGCUGGCGCGGCGCCUGCGCGACCUGCCCGAACGCGACCCAUUUCGCGUGCGUGCCUCGGCGGCGCUGUUGGACAAGCUGUACGCUCUGGGCCUGGUGCCCACGCGCGGCUCGCUGGAGCUCUGCGACUCCGUCUCAGCGUCGUCCUUCUGCCGCCGCCGCCUGCCUACUCUGCUCCUCAAGCUGCGCAUGGCGCAGCACCUCCAGGCUGCUGUGGCCUUCGUGGAGCAGGGUCACGUCCGCGUGGGCCCGGACGUGGUCACCGAUCCCGCCUUUCUCGUCACUCGCAGCAUGGAGGACUUCGUCACUUGGGUGGACUCAUCCAAGAUCAAGCGGCACGUGCUGGAGUACAAUGAGGAGCGCGACGACUUUGACCUGGAUGCCUAGCGAGUGGCUUCUCAAUUGCAGGUCACAGAGCUGGGG